UUUUUUUUUUUUUUUGGUUGACGGUGACUGACUCUACACUCCAACAACGACAACAAAUUUGGUUCUCCUGGGAUGUUGUGAUCUGCCUUAGUAAUUACAUCAUAACUACCAUAACCAGCUGUUUCUCGUCGAGUAGUUCAUCACAUAAGAAUGUUCGAGUCAGCAAAGAGCGCUAUGGAGGGCAUUGGUGUAAUGUUUGAAGAUGGUGGCUUAAUCUUGAUAUCUGAAACUGUAUCUGCCUCAGCAGAUGGAUUGAUUACUCACUUUCUCUCAUAUGGUAUGGCAAAUAGACAUCCAGUGUGCCUUGUAACAUUACAACAUACGUGGGGACAUUACUGCAAUAUUGGUAAUAAAUUAGGGCUUAAUUUUAGGCAACAAACUGAACAGGGCAACUUUAAAGUUGUUGAGGGUUUGAAAUUACUUACAGAGGUCUUAGAUGAAAGUAAUCAAGAUAUUUUCAAUCAUCCAUUUGGUUUUAUUUUGAAUGCCUCAAAAAAUCCCCUCAAAAACUUGUAUAAGCUUAUAAAGAAAACCAUUGAACCAUGGAAAGAAACUGGUAAAUUUUUCUUGCUAAUUGUAGAAAACAUUACUUCUCUAUUAAAUCUGGGUGUUCAGCCAAGGGAUAUUAAUAUUUUCAGUCAGUAUUGCAAGAACCUAAUUGGUGAUAGCCCUCUUAAAAAAUCUAGUUUGCUCGUCAUUGUCACUACUAAUGAUGAUGAUGAUAAUGAUGAAAGUCUUGUGACAAAAGGAAUAGCUCGUUCAGCGUUGCUUCACGUGUCCUUAAAAGGACUAAGCACUGGACUUUCUCGUGAAGUUCAUGGAGACUUCAAGAUAACCAAAUUUAACCAGCAUGCUCCCUAUCAGUGUUUACCAGUUACUCACCACUUCCAAUUUAAAAUGGAAGACAAGAAUAUGAAGUUAUUUGCCCCUGGAACAUCAGCUUGUGUAUUAUGAAGUACUGCUGGGCUUAAUGCUUUGAUUUGACUGUGAUAAUAAUAAUGAAGUACUGCAAAAUACAUCAUAUUUGUACUUUAAGGUAUAAAAUGAAAGACACCACUUUGUUCUGAUAUUUAAUUUACUUACACAGCCUUGGCAACUUAUUGUAUAAAUAGAUUCCUGUUAAUUACCAUAAUGAAUGGGAGUGUAAAGUAUCAAACUAUAAGACAGUGUAUCCUAAGCAAACUAAAUCAUGGAAUGUCAGGAACAAGGCAGUCAUGUCUAUAAGAUUCAUGCUGUAGCAUGAUAUUCAGAAUAUUAAAGCUUAAAAUAUAUUCAUAACUAUCCAACAGUGUCUAUUUUAUGACACAAAAAGACUAAAGAAUACUACUCUGCCUCCAUAAUUCUGGAUAACUGGUAGAAAUUUUUAAUAUUCUGAAUUUUCAGGAACAUCUUCCGUGAAUGGAUUGUUAAUCGGUUAAGAAUACUAAUCCAUUUAAAUCACACUGAAUUAAGGGAAACUGACAAGUGCUUUCACUUAGAACAUCUUUAUUAAAACAAUCAGUCUUGGAUCCUUGAUCAUUUCAAAUAUUUGUUAUUAUAAUCACAUAAAGCUCUAAACCGACAAGGGUCAUGCAGUGCUGCGGGAUUUCAAAUAUUUGAAGUGAUUAACGUUCCAAGACCGAAAUGCUUUCAAUAAUGAUUUCCCAAGUGAAUGAAUUUGUCUAUUUCCCUCAAGUUGUUGACAGUCAUUUGCCAUCUUGCCAUACUAAAUCAUAUACUGUGUAUGUAUAUAUACACAUACUAUCUAUAUAUAUUAUACACACUGUACAGUAUAGUAUAUAAAUUUUAUGCUGUAUAUUGUUUUUAAUAUUAUACCAGGUUUUACACAUGUUCAAUAUUUCACUUGGUUUGUAAACCCUCUGCAUUCAACAGAGAAGGCACUUUUCCUAGUGCAUGUUAUGUAGUAAAUAUAAUUUUACCAACAUUACCUAGAUCAGAAUGGCCAAGGAAGGAAAAUACAAUAGUGAACUGAACACAUCCUUUCUUUAUCCCUUAUCAUGGUAGUGUAUGUAUUACAUUUAAAAUUAUGAAAAGCUAAAAAUCAUGAUCUCAGUAAUCAGAGAAAGAUUUAUAGGAUAUGUUAAAAUCAAUUAACCCUUUUACUGUAUCAUGAAAAAUGUGCAAGAAAAUUUUUCAUGGUACAUCUGUGAUGCUGUUUAUUUUUUUUAUUUUUUUUUUUAACAAGUCGGCCGUCUCCCACCGAGGCAGGGUGACCCAAAAAAGAAAGAAAAUCCCAAAAAAGAAAAUACUUUCAUCA